GCCAGUUGACGUAUGCUAGCUAACGUUAGCUGUCAGCCGGGUUCAGUCAUUGUGCAGGGAUGGAGGUGACACGCCAGAAUUAUAAAGACAGUUUAAACACGGUGUACAGCGCAAUAGAGGAGGCUGACUUCCUUGCCAUCGACGGAGAAUUUUCAGGGAUAAGCGAUGGUCCUAAUGUCAGUGCACUCACCAACGGACUGGACACACCUGAGGAGCGAUACACGAAGCUAAAAAAGCACUCCAUGGACUUUCUGCUGUUCCAGUUUGGAUUAUGCACAUUCAAGUACGACCAGACAAAGUCAAAGUAUAUCACAAAGCCUUUUAAUUUUUACAUAUUCCCGAAACCGUUCAACAGGACAUCACCAGACGUAAAAUUCAUCUGUCAAAGUUCGAGUAUUGACUUCCUGGCUAGUCAGGGAUUUGACUUCAACAAGGUGUUCUGCCAUGGAAUCCCUUACCUAAAUCAAGAGGAGGAAGCCCAGCUGAGGGAACAGACGGAGGAGAGGAGAAAUCAACACGCCAACGGUGUAGGGACGCCAUCCUACGUCUCCCCAUCCUCCUCCAAAGGACCUGCACACGUACCUGACGAACAUAAAGACUUCAUCAACAGGGUGAUAGAGAAAGUUGAGGCCCUCUUCACUAACUCAGAUAAGACUUUGGACUUGGAGCCAUGUACUGGGUUUCAGAGAAAGCUAAUAUACCAGACACUGAACUGGAAGUUUCCCAAGGGGCUUCAUGUGGAAACUGUGGAAACAGAGAAGAAGGAGCGCUACAUCCAGGUCAGCAAAGUAGAUGAAGAGGAGAGGAAGAAGAGGGAGCAGCAGAAACAAGAGAGAGAGCAGGAGGAGUUAAAUGAUGCUGUUGGCUUCUCCAGGGUUAUCCACGCCAUCUCUAAAUCUGGUAAACUUGUGGUCGGCCACAACAUGCUGUUGGAUGUGAUGCACACCAUCCACCAAUUCUACUGCCCUCUGCCAGAGGAUCUGCAAGACUUUAAAGAGGUCACAAUGUGUGUCUUCCCAAGACUUCUGGACACAAAGUUGAUGGCUUCAACUCAACCUUUUAAGGAGAUGAUAACAAACACCUCUCUGGCAGAGUUGGAGAAACAGCUGAAGGAAAGCCCCUUCAAGUCACCACAAGUUGAAACGGCAGAGGGCUUCCACAGUUAUGACACAGCCCAGGAACAGCUCCACGAGGCGGGGUACGACGCCUACAUCACUGGCCUCUGUUUCAUCUCCAUGGCCAACUACCUGGGCUCUUUUUUGACUCCACCCAAAGCGUACAUCUCUGCUCGCUCCAAACUAAUUGAGCCUUUCUUCAACAAGCUUUUCCUGAUGAGGAUAAUAGACAUUCCCUACCUCAACAUCACAGGACCAGAUUUGCAACCUAAAAGAGACCAUGUCCUGUAUGUCACCUUCCCAAAAGAAUGGAAGACGAGUGACCUCUACCAGCUCUUUAGUGCCUUUGGAAACAUCCAGGUUUCAUGGAUAGACGACACGUCAGCAUUUGUGUCCCUAAGUCAGACAGACCAGGUGCAGAUAGCUAUGAACACCAGCCGCUAUGCAGAGAGUUACAGGAUCCAGACAUAUGCAGAGUACAUCCAGGGUAAGCAGCAGGACAAGGAGAAGCUCGGCCAGACGCCCAAAUCUUGGGGAGAGGACGACUGGGUGAAACCUCACUACACCUCUGCUUCUGCUGGUUUUGGAUAUCCCAGGGGUUUGAGGAAACGCAGCAUCAGUCCUGUUCAUGGAGAGCAGGGGGGCAGAGACGCUCCAGCUACUGACGGCUGGAGUCACUACUCAUACCCGGAUAGCACAGGCAGCAAGAAGAUGAAAACUGAUGACAAAAGUGGACAGGCAAAUGCAGAAGCUAUCGAGAGCAAGACCUCAGAAGGAUGGUUGAAGACAGCAGAUGCAUCAGAUUCAGCAGGGUCAAGUCCACUUCCUGAUGACGAUGAUUGUGAUGAUGAUGAUGAUGAUGAUGAUGAUGAUGAGAAGCAGAGUCCUGAAGGCAAUGAUGCUGAGGGGACGGUCACCUGGCAACAAGCCCCGACAGUCCGGGGGAGGAAAAGUCAAAAGAACAAGAAAAAGAAGUCUGAAGGUGCUGAAUCCACAACAUCACUGUUUGAGGUCCCAGAAGUUUGGUAGCGAGAGGUGAGGGGUGGAGAGGCCACUGUCCCACAAUGAGCUCCUGCUCAGUCUCUUCUUUAAGCACUAGGGACGCUCUCCUGUAGGGUCGUACUUCACUGGGAGUGGUGCUCGCCCUAAAUUCAUGCGUUCACUCAACAGCUGUGGAUACCGUGUCCAAAGCUACCAGCCAAGCUAUUUGACUUGACUAUUGAAAGAGAGAACACAAGCCAUAACGACAGCUGCCAUAUUUUGAUCUUAUAUCAGAGGAGCAGGCAACUCUUCCGGGUAAACACACAGACACACUCUUCACUAGAAUCUUAAAAGCUAAACUCCAGAAAUGUUCAUUUAUUUUCUGAUGUGUUGUUAAGACUGGAAUCUGCCACCACAGCCAUGCUGUCACUUUGAAACCAUUCAUCAUUUUUAAGGACACCAUCACCUCCAAUUAGUCUUAUAUUUUGUGAGUGUGAGUUGUGUGCGAGUUUGUGCAUGUGAGGGAGAUGUUCAUUUUCUCCGGUCUUUGUAUCCCUGUGAAUCUGUUUAAUAAUUUGUGAGAGAUAAAAUACCACCAGACAGGUCCUGUAGUUUACAAUGUCUGGCUGAUUUAGUAUUUUAAUGCAGUCAAAUAUUUUUCCCAUUUUAAAUUAAUGUAUAAGUUCUGUCAACUUCCCCAGUUUUAUCAAACAUAUAUAAGCUUAUCAAUGAUAAUGUGAUGUUUAUUAUUGGUGGCAUUUUGAUCCUUCAUGAGAGGUGCUUGUUUUCUUUUUGUACAGAAUUGAUUUCUUUACCUUUUUUGUGUUUAAUGUUUUGUAACUGUGUCAACCUGCAACAAUGUCAAAGUAUGUUCUAAUGCAAAAGGUGUAAACGUUAAGAAGACGUAUACAUUUUUGUAUGAGAUAGUUUAAAAAUACUUAAAUAUUUCCUUGGAACAGGGGAAAAAAUUAAAGAAUGUUUCUUAGUA